CUUGCUCUUACGCGUUCAUCAUGCCUCCACAGUUCAGAAUCGUCCCAACAACUCCUGCAAAGGUUGCUUCAGUACAAGACACUUCAAACGCCCUCGGUGUGCACGAUUCUCUCACAUAUGGACCUCGCACAAUCGCAGCAGAAAUAUCACAGUCUUCCGUCAGGGAGAGGCUCGAGAACUGGGAGGAGACUCAGGACAAUCUUAAGCUAUCAAUGCAAAGAAAUAUAUACGGCUUGCACGCUCCCAUGCGUUCAUUGAUGGAACGCAAGAUCGUAGCAGAUGCUCCCCGCCUUCCGACGAUGCCUUAUUCCAAUCUGCAUCUCGACAUCCUCAUGGGUCGUGAUGAAACCAUUGAACCUGCAGACAUUUUCUUGGGAAUGGAAUCCAGUACUUCAUUAGAUGUACGCAGAGAGAUCGAAAAGAAACACCUGUAACUCUUAUUCUACCAUAAACGCGACAACUUGGAAGCCCCUUCGCUCUCCAGAAUCCCCUGUUC